AUGGUUGUCGCAAAGGGAGGGGAAGAGUAUCGGGAUCCUGGUCAUCCUAUCGGAGAUUUCAACAAUUCGGAUAUCGAUCUUUCCGAUACACGUCACAUCGUGGCGCAGCGUACAUAUGAUGCAUGCAUAGCUCGGCGCCGAAUGCGAACAGAUCUCUCUGCCUUGCAGAAGUUGGUAAACAACUCGAUGCCUGCCCCUCUCUCUUGUCGUUAUAGCAGAUGUCCUCUUGUUGAAAAGCGUCAAUGUGUUGUCAACAAUAGCGCAAGCCACAACAAAAGCCUCGAGCCAUUCCGCAUGCUAGACCGCGCCAUUGAUCCGCGUAUGGAACCCUCCAUAACCAAAAGCAGCAAGCCACAGGCUGAAGAACCUCUCUGCUUUGAAGUCCUGUUCGGUCUGAGUGCUUCACCUCGGUCCACUCGGCUUGAGUUGAGAGCCAUUUUGAUACAGGCAAGUUACAUCGCACGGUAA